GCUUUUCUUCUCGUGGGUGGAGCUAGGAUAUAGGAAAUAAGGGGAAGAUGUGAAGUGGGACGAGGAACAAGGUUGGGUGGCAUGAUGGCUGACUGACAUCAACACGUUUUCUUUUGGGGUUGCGGUCGAUGACAUUUAAAAGGAGGCUCUUUGCCGCAUCGUCUCAUCCUCAGACGUCAAUCAGGGAAGAUGGCAUUUUCUCCACGGGUGUUGUUGAUCCUGGCUGCCGUCGGCGGACUGCUGACGGGGAGUUGGUGUUUUGACCACAGGAAUGAUAAUUGCUGCCCUGAAGGCUGGACUCAGUUGAACGAGCGCUGUUUCAUCUAUGACGAUCAUGACUUUAACUUUUUAACUGCAGAGACAGUGUGCAUCAUUCUCGGUGGGAACCUGGUGUCCAUUCACAGCACGAUGGAAAAUACCCUCGUCAGACAACUGAUUUUCCAAAGGACCGGGGAAAAUAACCCAACCUGGAUUGGAUUCACUGACGCAGUCGUGGAGGAUUCUUUUAUUUGGACCGAUGGCUCAAUUGUAGAUUUCACCAACUUUGGAAACAACCGUCCUAACAACAAUGGCAACCAGGACUGUGCGAUAAUCAACUUCAGAGGAGAGGAUACCUGGAACGAUAUCAGAUGCAAUAGGAGAAGACCUUUUGUUUGUGCCAGAGAUGUGAAACAUUCCCAUUAAAACUUGCUGAGCAGCGUUUUUCCCAC